CACACAUUCGCGAUGGCACAGUACAACACGGCCGGCACUGUGUCGGCGCCGCUGGAGCUCGCGCGGGGCGAGCAUGAGGCCGUCGCGAUCAACGGGAACGGUGCGCGCGUCGCCCCGCCGCCCAAGGUCACGCUCACCAGCCUGACUCCCAACAACACCGGCACGCUGCGCAAGAUCUACAACGUCGUGCUGCCCGUCACGUACUCGGAGCGGUUUUACAAGUCGGUGCUGGACCCGAGUCUGGACGAUGUGAAUAAGCUUGUCUACUACGCCGAUAUCCCCGUGGGCGCGUGCUGCUGCAGCCUCGAGAACGUGGCGCCCAAGCAGGGCGAGCCGACGCUCGCUAUCCUGACGCUUGCCGUCCUCGCCCCGUACCGCUCGCAGGGCCUCGGCAGUGCGCUGGUGCGCCACGCCCUCCGCGCCGCGCUGCAUCCUACGGUGCCGCCGCCGCCUACGCCCCCAGCGUCGGGCACAGCGACGCGCGGACAGCUCAAGCAGGCGCCGCCGCGCGUCGUCAUCAACCGCGCGACGGUGCAUGUCCAGGUCGGCAACGAGGACGCCAAGCGCUUCUACGAGCGCCUCGGGUUCAAGGAGGACAAGGUCGUGGAUAACUACUACAAGAACUUCCAGCGCAUGGAGCCCAAGGCGGCGUGGCUGCUCGUGUGCGACGACAUUGCGGGCGCACUCGGCGAGACUGGCGCCAACGGGGCUUAGACGAUGCGAUAGAGGUUCAUGCAGCACCAUAUCCAGGUUGUGCAUUGCCCAUGGGGCGUCUACUGUGAAAAUAUGCCUAUGUGAUGGCUACGGC